GCUGUUCUCUUUCAUCUGAAGCUGCUGAUGAUGAAGGUGUUUCGCUGUCCGGCCCGUCACGGCUACGCUGUGGAAGUGUCUCCGUUCAUCCCCAACAGAGUGGCCUGCGCCGCCUCACAGCACUACGGCAUCGCAGGUCGUGGCUCCCUGCUGGUCCUGGAGGAGACGGAGACGGGAGUCUCUUUAGUCAGAAGCUGGCAGUGGGGUGACGGUCUGUUCGACGUAUCGUGGAGCGAAGCCAACGAGCACGUCUUGGUCGCCGGCGGCGGGGACGGUAGCCUGCAGCUGUGGGACACAGCCAAUCACAACGCUCCGCUCAGAGUGGCCAAAGAACACACACAAGAGGUGUAUUCUGUAGACUGGAGUCAGACCAGAGGAGAGAACCUCAUCGUCUCCGGCUCCUGGGAUCAAACCGCUAAAGUGUGGGACCCCGCUCUCAGCCAGUCGUUGACCACGCUCAGGGGUCAUGAAGGGGUCAUCUACAGCACCAUUUGGUCGCCUCACAUCCCAGGAUGCUUUGCUUCAGCCUCGGACUCACGAAGAAAACCUGCUUUUUGA